AUCGCGACUCAUUUUGCGUUUCAGUUUCAGUGUUCAGUGUUCAGAUGAUCGGCAUCGGAUCCCAGCUCGCAGGUUUUAACGAAACAAAGGAAGGAUUCCUUGAUUCCUUCUGCUUGCACAAACUUGUAGUUGUUUUCUUUAUCAAAGAAGACAUUGUCUGAUUGCUUAGCUCCGACUUUGGAUCGCUGAACAUAUGGCCAAGAGGCGAGUUACGGCCGAUCGGGACCGUCGUCGAAAUAGGGUCCAGCCGGAGGUUCAAGAGGAUCAAACUGGAGGCGCUGCUUCCCAACGCCACCCCGACCGUCGCAAGUUCGUCGCCUUAGUCUUCUUCUCCAUCCUCAUUCUGAUCAUAUCGCUAACACUAUACCGCAUAAAAUCUAAUCCACGUUCGACGAACGAGCUCCUUUCUGUCUACGACAGAGGCCUCGUUCGAACAAACGUCAAUUACCAAGAAAUCCUCGCUGAAAAUUUGAAGGUCUCAGAAAAUACGUCUUAUCGGCACUUUAAGUACCCUGUACUAGCCUAUGUCACUCCGUGGAAUUCCAAAGGCUAUGAAUUGGCAAAGAGAUUCAACUCUAAGCUUACACACAUAUCACCUGUAUGGUAUGAUUUAAAGAGUGAAGGCACCCAGUUAGUUCUGGAGGGACGUCAUAAUGCUGAUUUGGGAUGGAUUUCUGAGCUUAGAGUGAACAGACAUGCUCUGGUCCUACCUAGAUUUGUUCUAGAAGCAUUUCCCAAGGAACUGCUUAGAAAGAAGAAGCAAUGGAACAAAGCUAUUGAUCUUAUUGUAACAGAGUGCAAAGAGAUGGGAUACGAUGGUAUCGUACUAGAAUCCUGGUCAAGGUGGGCAGCUUAUGGUGUCUUGCAUGAUCCUGAUAUGCGGAGUAAGGCAUUGCAGUUCAUCAAAAAGCUUGGACAAGAAUUGCACUCAGUGAGCUCAGACAGGAACCCAGAAUAUCAUCUUCAGCUGGUUUACGUUAUAGGUCCACCACAUUCAGAGAACCUCCAAGAACAUGAUUUUGGCCCUGACGAUCUUCAAAACUUGAGCAAUGCUGUAGAUGGUUUCUCCCUCAUGACAUAUGACUUCUCAGGUCCUUAUAACCCUGGUCCAAAUGCUCCUUUGAGCUGGAUCCGUUCCACCCUAAAGUUGCUUAUAGGUGCUACCGGCACAAGUGAAAAGGGCCUAGCCCACAAGAUAUUCCUUGGCAUCAACUUCUAUGGAAAUGAUUUUGUGCUUUCAGAAGGCUCAGGUGGUGGAGCUAUCACUGGGAGGGAAUACAUGUCUUUAUUGGAGAAGCACAGGCCGAUGUUGCGGUGGGAGGACAACAGUGAUGAGCACCUGUUUAUUUACACUGAUAACCGCGGAAUUAGGCAUGCUGUGUUCUACCCAUCCUUGAAAUCAAUCUCCUUGAGGCUGGAGGAGGCUCAUGCAUGGGGGGCUGGCAUUUCAAUUUGGGAAAUUGGGCAAGGUUUGGAUUAUUUUUUCGAUCUUCUCUAAUCUCAUUCUUUUUUUUUUUUCUUUUGAACAUAAUUAUGUGAAUUUCAUUUAUGUAGCCUUUCAGUUCUUAGUUUGAGAAUAUCUUGAAGACUCCCAA